AUGGAUGGUGCAGACCCAGGCGCCUCGAGCGGGUCCCCACCGCCGGGAUGCAGAGGCGCCGGCGCCAUCGCCGCGGCGGCGGGCCUGGCCACCUUGGUGCUGCUGGGGACCGCUCUAGCCUUUGGCGCCACGCACCGGGUGGAGGCUGGCCAGGAGCUCAUCUUUUCCAAUUUGAGGCUCUCGAACACGAGCAACGCCAGCAAUGGCACUGCGGCACUGGUCAUGGACUUGCAAGGCGGCCAAAUGGUCGUGUUGCAAAACGGCGCCUUCACGAAGCAGGAUGCCAACCUGAGCGCGCUGCUAGCAGAGGGCCAGCUGGCGCGCGUGCGCCUGAGUUCCCGCGAGGUGCUCUUGAAUUUUAGCUUCACGGCUGAAGGGAAGCCCGCCAUCAUGGAUAGGUUCUUCUUCACCAUCUACUUUAUGGCCCGCCAGAGGGUGCAGCUCGCCAACUUUUCUCGGUUCUGCUGGGACCUGGCGUCCAGUUUCGAGCACUCUGGCCAUGGCCUAGCCAAAAACAAGGUGGUGCUUGAGGCCGCGCCUGACCUCAAGCGCUUUGUGCCCAAAGAUCCCCGAGGCAUUCCCGAAAUGCAACGAGCGGCGACAUUUCUCCUGCGCUCCGUAGAUCACUUCGUAGUUUCCGUGAUCACCGAAGGUGAUGCCGACGGAUCGGAUUUCUAUUUCUCUGGCCAGAAUGUGGUCAGCGACAUUUGUGAAGAGGCGUCGAGCAAGCGAAUUCACGAUGGCGCGAUGGUGGAAAUCGUCGAAGGCCCUUACAACGGCUUGCGGGGCAUUGCAGACAUCAACAGUGGCCGAUUUCAGGUCUUGCUCGCCAAUGGCAAGCACGUGCAGGUUGGGGAGAUGGACUGCCGACUGCUGGAAGAGGAUCGAGAGGCAGUAGAUGCGGAGUUGCAGGCGGAGCAGGUGGAGGACAAAUGCGCCACACUCUACGAUGCUGAGCGUGCAUGCUCAGAGGACGGCUGCGAAGUGCUGCUCAUCCCGCAGCCCGCGCUGAGCUGCGACAAGUAUUGCCAGGCGCACGGCAUGCACUGUCACCAGGCCUGGCGCUCCAAAGCCAACUCCUGCGGGUCCAGGGAGCCUUUGCAGUGCCUCGCGGCGCUGCCCCAGAAUUUGAGGAGCGAGCACCAGCUGCGGUGUCGGUGCCAGCCAGCGGCCAGAAGCCGGCUCGGCCAGGAGGUGCAGGCGGAUGCCCACGUGAUGCUGCUCUCCGGUGGCGCGGGGGUGGCGAUAAAAGCCCCAGACGCGGAGGGCGCUGUGCAGGUGCAAGUGCCCGCGGUGGUCACCUUGCAUGCGCCGCUCUUUCGGAAGGUGGAAGGCAAGGGCAAAUCGCGGUCGGUGCCUUGUGAGGAGCUGCGGCAGGGGGAUGAGGUGGAGCUCACGGACGGUGCCUUCGCACACCGCAAAGGCGCGCUGCUGCGCUGCGACCCAGUGUCCAAGCAGUACAGCGUGAGCCUGGAGAAGUCUCUGCAGGUCCAUGCCUUCGACCUGCAGGUCUUGCAGUGCAAGGCUUCGGAGCAGGGAGCGAGCUGCUCGGAGGAUCACUGCAAGGUGCAGCCCAGCAAGAAGGAGUCCAGCUCCUGCGCGGACUUCUGCAAGCAGCGCGGGGACCGGUGCCUGAGAGCCUGGGAGGGCAGCGGCUGCCGCCAGCAGAGGCUUUUGCCCUGCGAGCACUCAGGAGACGUGACGGGCAUGAUCUGCGAGUGCGUGCCAGUGUCGCAUCCGGGGGAUUGCUUCCAGAACGACCUCAGCUACCGUCCGGUGAACAUGAAGCUGCAGCGCCGCAGCAAGGAGCGGAGCGCUCUGAGCUGCCAGCGCCGUUGCGCCCGCGUGGCCGGGUGCAGCCACUUCUCCUACUGGUCCGACGGCGGGUGCCACCUGCAGGACGACGACGCGCAGCUCAGCGCAGAGCCCGGGGCCGUCAGCGGGCCCCCGGACUGUUUGACGGAGCAGAAGACCUCCACAGACUCCGCCUGCCGCGAGGGUCUCUCCUUCAGGCCGCUGGACAUGCACGGCCACGCGCGUAGCCACGAGGCGAGCGCCGCGCAGUGCGCCCUGCGCUGCAAAAGCGUCGAGGGCUGCAGCCACUUCUCCUACUGGUCCGAUGGCGGGUGCCACCUGCAGGACUCCCGCGCCGUGAACGGGCCGAGCCACGGGGCCUUCUCCGGGCCUCCCAACUGCCCGGAGCUGGCCACGGCGGAGGCGAAGGAGAAGGAGUCCCAUCAGAAAUUGGACAAGCCGGAAAGCUGCAACUUGGUGGACGUGGAGAGGUACUGCCCCGCAGCCAGCGGCUGCAAGGCCCUCGUCAGCCAGAUGGGGCACAGGUCCUGCUUGGACUACUGCGAGCAGCAGGGCUUCUCCUGCCUGGCCGCGUUUCAAGACUCCUGUGAUGGUGAGGAGGUGCGCUGCGACUCCCUGGCGGGCAGCAGAGCGGUAUGCGCCUGCGGCUCGGAGCCGGAGUCGAAGGACGAGGAGAGCUGGGAGUUCCACUGCCGGAAGGGCCAGCGCGGUGCCUGGAGCGCGGAGAAGCGCUGGUGGUGCUGCCGAGAGCUGCAGAUCGGAUGCGAGGCCCUGCAGGGCUGCGACCCCUCGGAUGGCUACGUGGCCUGGGAGGAGGAGAGGAAGGCCUACUGCUGCCGCGAGGAGGGCAUUUGCUCCAAGGAUGACCAGAGCUACGACUGCGAGCAGCUGCAGACCUCUGGGGUCGUGGAGGCAUCAGAGGAGAUGACCAACUGGUGCUGCACCUACCGAGGGACCGGCUGUCGACUGGAGGAACCGGAGCAUUGUGAUGACUUGACCGAGGUUGAAUGGUCCUACGAGAAGCGCGAGUGGUGUCGGCGGCUCAUGAAACCAGCAGGGAGAGCUGGACAGGCGCCCAAAGCCUUUGACAGCUAUCUCAAAAUCGUCGAGAAGACGGCGGGCACAGGCUAA